AUGAACACGCUUUUGACCACCCUCGCCCUCGCCGGCGCAGCUACCGCCCGCAUCGUCGGCCUCGCAGCCCCCGCCACCAUCGCCCCCAACUCCAACAUCACCCUAACCCUCAUCACCGAGAACUACAUCCAAUCCGUCAAAGACCUCUCCGCAGCCUUUGCUCUCUCCCCCCAAAUCACCAACGGCUUCCUCGGCACACAAUACCUCAACUCUUUCUACCUUGGACCUGACAAGUCUAACGUCCUCAACAACCUCACCUUCACAGUCACCACUCCAUCCGACAUCUCUUCCGUGAAAUACAUCACCGGCGCCGUCAACUCCCUCUACGGCGCAUCCAACGGUCCAGUCACCCUCCAAUUCGACGUCCCCACAACCCCAGGCACCGAGACCAGCGAUGAUUUGAAUGCAGACGUCGGUGGCACCAACGGCAACUGCUUCGCCUCCAACCCAAGCGAUCCCACUCCACCAGGCGACAACUCUACCACACCUCCCAUCUCAAGCGGGCAGUGCGAUACCUUCCCCACGCAGACCCAGACCUUGAUUCAAUCAUCCUUGGUCCGCGCCGACGCCUGGAUCGGCAGCAUCGCCCAGAACAACAACCAGACGGGCCGCCAGAGUCAGGGUGAAUUCAACGGUGCUUUGGGAGAUGUCUUCCGUGCGAUUGACGUCAACCGACGAGGUGAACAGGCAUGCAACAACCCUCCUCCACCCGCUCAGCCACCACUCAGUCCCGGAGAUGCUCAGGUGCGGGCGAUUCAAAUCUUGAGGGAUGCCGAGAGUGGACUGCAAGUGUUGCAAUCCGAGGUGAUCCAGUGUGAUGCCAGUGGGGCGUUUAAUUUUGUAUGCCAGGUUCUGCGGCUGGUGGAUCAGCUGGAUACAUAUUACUCGUGA